UGUCAAGGUAACAAGACUUGAAACAAUAUUCACGCCUUGAAAUUGGCCUUGGUUGAAACAAUGACGUCACAGCUCUGGUCCUCAACUCCAUGGAUUAAUUCUGGUGAUACAUUGCAUAAGCGCCGUGUUCCAUACAUACAAGAUGCAACAUACCUACACACUCUCGACAUUUGGCAACCAAAAUCUCUCGGAGGGUCUUCACUCCCGACAGCAGACGUGUUGCCUCAAGGCAAAGGUCCUUGGGUCAUCUAUAUCCACGGUGGGGCAUGGCGAGACCCCCUUGUAGACUCGUCGUCCUUUGAAGCUACUGCCCUCAAGCUCCUGAGCUACAAAGACACACCUAUCGCAGGAGUCGCAUCUGUCAAUUAUCCUCUUUCAAGCCAUCCCAAUCAUACUACGCACCCCGCACCACCUCGUGGUUCUUCGGGGCCUGUUGAUUUUGCCCGACAAGCGAAGCAUCCUGAUCACAUAAUCGCUCUACUCACGGCUAUCUCAUUUCUGCAAAAUGAUCUUGGAGUAGCUCAUGAUUAUGUUCUGUCAGGUCACAGUUGCGGUGCCACCAUGACUUUCCAGACAGUAAUGAAUCCUAAUCACUGGUUGGGUAAUGCAAAGGGAAUUUCGGUUCCAAAGGUGAAGAAACCAAGGGUCAUAGCUCCUCUUAACGGACUAUAUGAUCUCGCUGCCUUUAUCAACAACCCGCCAGAAUCUCAUAAACAACUCCAACAACUGUAUACCGACUUCACAAAAAAUGCAUUCGGUGAUGAUGAGGCGGUCUGGAAGGCUGUCUGCCCUACCAGUGUUGCAGACUGGAGCACAGAGUGGUCUGAAGGCAAGGUCGUCGUUAUCGCCCAGAGCAAGGGAGACGGUCUUGUCCCUUAUGCACAGACUGAACUUAUGAAGGAUCACCUCAGAAAGACGUCAGCGCUUGAGCUUGUUGAGAUGAAAGCUAGCGGUGAUCACAAUGAUCUAUGGAAGCAAGCCGAUGAGAUCGUAUAUAUUAUAAAGUGCGCAAUCGGGUAUUUAACCAAGCUCUGA